GUUUGCUAACGGGCUAUUCAUAUAAUGUAGCUUGUUAAUAGUAUAGUUUAUAAUACAGUGGAAGACAGCGGAAACUAAAAUGGUUAUAUUGUACAGAACAAUGUUUAAUACAGGAAGUAAACGAAAACUUGUACUGUGUAUUAUAUUAACUGUAACAGUUGUUUGUGCAUUGGCAUAUACAUAUAAUGGAAACGCUGCUUUCAUUACAGACUACGAGGAAGUGGAAAUGGAUUACAUUGCCACAUACAUGCAAGUUAAAGUGCGAGUUGAGGACUACUCGAUUCUAGUUGUUAACCUGACUAACUCAGGUAGCAAAGAAAUACUUUUCGGAAACUGGAGAAUUUACUUCUAUAUGCUUCGGCAGGGACUAGAGGUUAAUCGAGAUUCUGGUUUCCGGCUCGAGCACGAAAAUGGGGGACUUCACUAUUUGGAGCCCGUCCAGGACAUCUUUGUUGGUAUACAAUCAGGCAAGUACCUGCAAGUUACAGUUCAAUACGCACACGUCUCAUCGACAUCGGACGUGUUUCCAAACUGGUACGUCGCAUCUUCAACUAACACAAGUCCUCCGAAAACCAUCAAAAGUACUAAAGGAGACGAUGUGAGAUUUAUGGAGCCCUUUAAUCGCCCCGACCAAUGGAAAAGGGGUCCGGGCGAUACGUACAACCCGUAUUCAGCAGCAGAUCGAUACCAUUAUUACGAUUAUUUACACAGUGACUUAUCGGACCGUUAUGAAGACAGUGUUUUCCCCACACCGAUGUUGAUGCACGUAAGAUCUGAUAAUACAAUUCAGAUAGACAAUACAUGGUCUGUCAUGGCCCACAACGAGGAUUUGAAUAUCGCUAAACACUUGUCAAGCAAAUUAAACAUUAAUCACAAAAGUGUCGCAAGUCAUACACCGUGCAAAUAUUGCAUUAAUUUACAGCGUAAUAAUUCGUAUAUGCCUGAGGAAUACAGUAUUGAUAGCCAGACAAGAGCGAACACAAUUAACAUUUUAUAUAAAAACUCGACUGGAGCUUUUUACGCAGUUCAGACAUUUCUGCAGCUUCUUUCUGACGCACAUUCUGUGAAGGAUGUAUUUGUAAGAGAUAAACCGCGUUUUCCCUAUCGCGGUUUUAUGGUUGACGUCGCUAGAAAUUUUAUCUCGAAAAGAACGAUAUUGAAACUACUUGACGCGAUGGCUCGGUACAAACUGAACACGUUGCACAUGCAUUUAUCAGACGACGAAGGUUGGCGACUCGAAAUACCUUCAUUACCUGAACUAACCAAGUUCACAGCUCGGAGAUGCCAUUAUUUGGAAAACACAUACUGUCUCAAUUCAAGUCUUGGAUCCGGUCCCUAUUCUUCCAACAGCGGUUCUGGGUUUUACACAGUAAAAGAGUUUCGCGAGAUACUGCAAUACGCACAGGAAAGGUUUAUCACAGUUAUCCCAGAGAUAGACAUGCCCGGUCAUUCUCUUGCGGCCGUUACUGCCAUGAAGUACAGGGAAGGUAAUAAGGACGAAGAAGGCUCCUCGCAGCCUUCAUACAUGCUGGUAGAUCCCGGGUAUUCGUUUGUUGGGAUGAAUGGCUGGAAAGGCGCAAACAUAAACCCUUGUUUAAAUGCUUCGUAUCGUUUUGUAGACACUUUAUUUGAACAACUAUCUAAGAUUUACGAAGGCGUUCAGCCGCUUGAUACUAUACACAUCGGUGCUGACGAAGUGCCGAACAUGUCUUGGGAUAAGUCUGCAGCAUGCAUGAACAUGUUUGGAGAAAAGGAGUACACUUACGAUCAACUUAAAGACAUGUUUACACGAGCGCUUUCGGAUAUUGCAUUGCGCCAUGGCGUGCGUAUUGCUGCAUGGGAAGACGGUCUGUAUAAGUUGGGCGUUGGACCUUAUAAGCGAUCUGGUUUUAAACAAAAAGAAAUGUAUGUGAAUGCCUGGAAUACCAUAUGGGAACAGGGCAAAGGGAAACGCGCGAUUGAGUUUGCUAAUGCCGGGUAUCAUACUAUCCUCUCUAUGGCCACCCAUCUGUACUUUGACCAUCCUUAUGAACCAGACCCACUUGAACGGGGCUUAUACUGGGCGACUAGGUUUAUUGACACUUUUAAAGUUUUCAAAUUUAUGCCUGAUGAUAUUUUCGCCAACGCCGACGUGAACAGUAUGGGAAAUAUCAUAGACAGAGACACCUUGUGUUCAGUUCCUGGAAAUUGUCCUGAGUUAAUCCACCCAGAAAAUAUCAUUGGGAUGGAAGCAUGUGUAUGGGGAGAAACAAUUCGGACAGAGGAGGAUUUCUUUUUUAUGGUGUUUCCCAGGCUUCUGGCAUACGCCGAGCGCUCAUGGCACAAAGCGGAAUGGGAAUCUAUCAAAAACACUGAGCUACGGGUUGUUGAGAGAGCCAAAGAUUGGGAUAAGUUUCUAAGCACCAUCAGCCAGAACGAGUUACCAUGGCUCGAAACGAACGGCCUAUCUUACAGACUCCCGCCACCAGGGGCACUUGUCUCCGAGCAGAAGAAAUUAUUGAAAGUUAACACGCUUUACAAAAACCUUCAAGUAGAAGUAAGCAUGGAUGCUGGGAAAAAUUGGAAACAUGUUCCCGAAUAUGUUAAACUUGGAAAAUCUAAAAGCAUAUUGCUAAGAACUAAAUCAAACGUUUCUAAACGCGUAAGUAGAGAAAUCAGCUACAUAGUUACAUCGAGUAGAUCAAGCGCAUCUUUCGAUGUUAAUCAUGUAUUUAAUAUGUUGUUGUUGAUUGCUGUUAUAAGGUUAUUUAAAAUGUAAACAUAUUUUUCAUUAUUUUGCACUCGCCUAAAUUUUACUUGAGCUGCAGUGCUCCGACUUUAUUACAAAUCAAAGCACUGGCAGUACUGCAAGGGAUGGUUGGCGGGAUGGCACUGUAAGAAUUGUCAAAAUAGAUGGUUUUAUCUAACCAUGUCCCUCUCAGUUUGGCCUUCAAAAGAAUGACAGUUGUAGUAUGACUUCAUGACGGGAAUGUAAUAAUUACGCUUUAAAAUAACUCGAAACUAUAUUCAUUUUUUUCUCGAUGCCAAACUCUCGUUUGACAAUUCUUAUUUUUUCGUUCCUUCUAAAGAUGUACAAAGCUUGUGUUGAUAUUUUACCGUUUAAGAUAUUUGAGUAUUACAUGUACUUUGAAAGUAGAUAUAGCUCAAACCCAUGUUUGGAUAUGAACCCGGCCAAUGCCACAGUUCUAUAUCCUCUAUGUACAUGUAUAACUGCACAUGGUUAAUGCUUGUAGUAGCAGUUUUAGGAGACAUAAUAUUGUGUGCGCAUGUCCUACUCCAGCCAACGACAUGAUAAUUAUCUUAAAUGUCAAAAAAGGACCUUGACGAAUAUUUAUAUGUCUGUUUUAAUCACGCUGUAAUAGAAAAUAUUUUUUUUAAAACUCAGCAAAGUGUCAGGUUCUAGUUCUGAAAGACAAUAAUAAUAUGAUAUGACAUUGGAAACACACAAUCAGUAGAACAGACGCAUAUACUGACAUGGGGAGUGUUUUGUUAUAAACUUAUGGAUCUCAAUGAAAACAUUACUGGGAGCUGCCAAAAGCUUAUGAAAUCCUAAUGUUACAAAAGUGUUACGGCAACUUUUUACGGGAACGAACGUUUGGCUUGUAUAUUACUUCAAACCAGUUUCUUCUCCUGGGACGACCCCAUCGGAAAUGCAUCAAGUGGAUCCAAGGGGUGCCGAAUAAAACACGCACGGACGUUGCACGUGUUCUCGGAAUUUACAAAAUAAUAAAGGAUGAGAAGAUAAAAUUAACAUUUCCGGGCCAAUUAUGAUGUCAUGCUGACCCAAACAUGAAAUUAAGACAAGUCUUAGUCAAUAGGCUAAUGCCAUGCCUACCUUGACUUGCAAAACUUACUAGUCUGAUUUGUUUCUGAUAUUUUAGCUUUCAUAAUAUAUGGCAAAUAUGGCAUAACAACAAUUUGCAAGUAAGCAUGAAUGGGAAAGAAAGUGUAAGUCAGCCAUUCAUGAACAUGUUACAGGAUUAUGGAACACACAAGUGACAAGUGAUGACAGUGUUUGACUAAUUCCCGUUUGAAAUUGCGCGAUGUUCACUAGUCCAAACCUAUAACGCCAAGAACAGUUUAAAAAGUUUGUUUCCUUAAAUUCGAACUUUCAACUUAUCUUGGUAUUACUAAUGACUCUUGAAUUAGGUAUUAAACAUGAGGCACAAUGGAAAAUUGUGCAACACUUCAAGUUUAUAUUAACAAAAUAAUUUGGUAAAUAAGUUCAACAUAUAUCAUAGCUGACUUGUAUCGCUAACAUAUUGUUGAUUGUUAUCCAAAUAACGUUAAUUUUCAAGUGUUAUGGUUCUAUUAAUAAUAUAUUUCGUACAAAUGCCAUUGAAUCAUCUUUAUCUUGUUAUAGAUAUUGAGUUGUAUAUUUAUUUGUUCCACACUGGAAUACAAUAUAACGGCUAAGAAACCCAGAAAUAUUGUGUUAUUGUUGUUGUAGUUCAGCAA